GGGGAAGGGUGGAGGGGUGAUGCCCAGGGCUGCCAGAGUCAGGGAGGUGGCCUCUUUCUACAGCCCUCGGUCCUCUCCUGGGGUCCGGGAGAUCCCAGGCCCCGCCCUCGAAGCGGAGGCCCCGCAUCGGGUAGGGAACUGUGGCUAAAGUUGUUGGCCGAGCAACGGUUCUGGGCUGGGGGUGGAGACUGUAGUCCCCACGUGGUUCGGGACUCCCCGGACGUCGGCUCUUCACGCGGGAAAGGCGCGUCUCGUGAGUGGGGAAAGCCCUGCAUCCACGUCCCAUCCCACCAGUUCUGCGAGUGGAGAAUGACGUCUCCACCAGCGGGGGGGUAGAGUGGAGGGACAGGCGGAAGUGACGUAGGACCCCAGCGCCGGGGCCAUGGCGGCGGCGGCGGCGGCGGGAGCUGCUGUCUGAACGGUAGCUGCGGACCGAGCGAACUCGGCCCAGGAGCCCGGGCCUCGAGAGAGGCGCGGCCGCUGCGGGAGCGCCGACUGCCAGAGCCGGCCUUCUCCUCCUCCACGACUGCAGAGUCCUGGUGGGUGUCUGUGCCCGGUCACCAUGACGACGCCGGCGAAUGCCCAGAAUGCCAGCAAAACGUGGGAACUGAGUCUGUAUGAGCUGCAUCGGACCCCGCAGGAAGCCAUCAUGGAUGGCACAGAGAUUGCGGUUUCCCCUCGGUCUCUGCAUUCGGAACUCAUGUGCCCUAUCUGCCUGGACAUGCUGAAGAAUACAAUGACCACCAAGGAGUGCCUCCACCGAUUCUGCUCUGACUGCAUUGUCACAGCCCUGCGGAGCGGGAACAAGGAGUGCCCUACCUGUCGUAAAAAGCUGGUAUCCAAGCGAUCCCUACGGCCAGACCCAAAUUUUGAUGCCCUGAUCUCUAAGAUCUAUCCCAGCCGGGAAGAAUAUGAAGCCCAUCAGGACCGAGUGCUCAUCCGCCUCAGCCGCCUGCACAACCAGCAGGCACUGAGCUCCAGCAUCGAGGAGGGGCUGCGCAUGCAGGCCAUGCACAGGGCCCAGCGUGUGAGGCGGCCGAUGCCUGGGUCAGAUCAGACCACAACGAUGAGUGGGGGGGAGGGAGAGGCCGGGGAGGGAGAGGGGGAUGGAGAGGAUGUGAGCUCAGACUCUGCCCCUGAUUCUGCUCCAGGCCCUGCUCCCAAGCGACCUCGUGGAGGGGGUGCAGGGGGGAGCAGUAUAGGGACAGGAGGAGGUGGCACUGGUGGGGUGGGUGGGGGCGCUGGUUCUGAAGACUCUGGUGACCGGGGAGGGACCUUGGGAGGGGGAACCCUGGGCCCCCCAAGCCCUCCUGGGGCCCCCAGUCCCCCAGAGCCAGGUGGAGAAAUUGAGCUCGUGUUCCGGCCUCACCCCCUGCUCGUGGAGAAGGGAGAAUACUGCCAGACUAGGUAUGUGAAGACGACUGGGAAUGCCACAGUAGACCAUCUCUCCAAGUACUUAGCCCUCCGCAUUGCCCUUGAGCGGCGGCAGCAGCAAGAAGCAGGAGAGCCAGGAGGGCCUGGCGGGGGUGCCUCUGAUACUGGGGGACCUGAUGGGGGUGGUGGGGAGGGUGGAGGUGCCGGAGGAGGUGAUGGUCCUGAGGAACCUGCUUUGCCAAGCCUGGAGGGUGUCAGUGAAAAGCAGUACACCAUCUACAUCGCACCUGGAGGUGGAGCAUUCACGACACUGAAUGGCUCGCUGACCCUGGAGUUGGUGAAUGAGAAGUUCUGGAAGGUGUCACGGCCCCUGGAGCUCUGCUAUGCCCCCACCAAGGAUCCAAAGUGACCCCAGAAGGGGACAACCAGAGGAUGGGACCAUAGGAUGUCCCUAUAUCCUGCUCCAUCAUCCCAGCUUUUUUGUCCCCCACUACCCCCCAGCCCUGCCAGCCAGCAAGAGGACACAAAUGAGAACAAGUGGCUUUUAUACAAAGUAUCUAUAUCAGAUUCUUCUAUAUUGUACAGAGUGGAGUAUAUGCCUCCAUCUGCUGCCUUUUCUAUUGCCCCCCAACCUCUCAUCUAUACAAGGUGUUGGGGAAGGUGAAGAGCCCACACCUUCACUCCAGCAACAACAAAUGUGCUUUUUUUCCUCUUUGAAA